GUUCUACACACGGGUUGAGGAGAUGGGAAACUGGAGGUGAGGAAUUCACCACAGAGGCACAGGAACGAGACAGAGCUUUCUGACUGACUGGGAGUAAAGCCAAACCUAUGGAUCUUCAACAGUUUGCAGUUUAGAAGCGUGAAGCGUAUCACUCAUCGUCCUUCACUGGAGGAAGAAGACGAAACUUCUAAACCUGUGUGUCUCUACCAGAACUUCCCACGCGGCUGUCUGAAGAAGAGAAGUAGAGGGAAAGAGAGAGAGGAACAAAGAGCAAAAACCAGCCUGCCUUGGAAAGGGAAGAAGGACGGUGUCCUGAGAGGGAGGUGGCUAUGCGUGAGGAGGUUUCCUGUGCCAACUCCCCUGAAGGGGGGCUGGGGGCCAGCGAGGAGGAGCUGGAGAGGGGGUCCAAGAAGAGUGGGCCAACAGGGGGGCGAAAGCGGGUGCCAUACCCCAAGAAAGACAGUUUGGGUCGGGCCGAGGAGAGGGCCGUGGUCAGCGGGAGCCCCAACUGCCUUGUUCCGUCAGGGCCAAAGCGGCAGAAGAAGCAACAGAGCUCCCCCACGUCGGUGGUGUGUGUGGCCCCAUCCGUGCUGAGCUCCAGCGGCCUUGGUUUGGGCCCGGGCGGCGAGCCCUUCGAGGACCUGCACACUCAGCGAGUGAUCGCCAACGUUCGCGAGCGCCAACGCACGCAGUCACUGAACGAUGCCUUUGCCUCGCUGCGUAAGAUCAUCCCCACUCUGCCCUCCGACAAACUUAGCAAGAUACAGAUCCUGAAACUGGCGUCACGCUACAUCGACUUCCUGUACCAGGUGCUGCAGAGUGAUGAGAUGGACGCCAAGCUGGCUAGCUGCAACUACCUAGCCCACGAACGCCUCAGCUACGCCUUUUCCGUCUGGAGGAUGGAGGGUGCCUGGGCAAUGUCUGCCAGCCACUAGUGUCCCCUCUCCAUCCUCCAUCCUGCUCUGCCCGUCCUGCUCUGUCUUAACCUUACUUUCUAUUACUUCCUUCUUGUACUGCCUAACCCCACCAUCCCUGGCCUCCCCUAACCCACUAUCUAUGUACCCCUCACCCCACCAUCCCUGGCCUCCCCUAACCCACUAUCUCUGUACCCCCUAACCCCACCAUCUCUGGCCUCCCCUAACCCACUAUCUCUGUACCCCCUAACCCCACCAUCCCUGGCCUCCCCUAACCCACUAUCUCUGUACCCCCUAACCCCACCAUCCCUGGCCUCCCCUAACCCACUAUCUCUAUACCCCCUAACCCCACCAUCCCUGGCCUCCCCUAACCCACUAUCUAUGUACCCCCUAACCCUACCAAUCCUGGCCUCCCCUAACCCACUCUCUCUGUACCCUGUAACACAACCAACCAUGGCCUCCCUUAAGCCACUAUCUUUGUACCCUGUAACCUCACCAUCCAAGGCCUCCCUUAAGCCACUAUCUUUGUACCCUGUAACCUCACCAUCCAAGGCCUCCCUUAAGCCACUAUCUCUGGCCGUCCUUUAAACCAAAACACACUGUUUCCUCCUAACCCACUACCUCCCUCUCUUCAUUAUUCUCUAUUCUCUACUGUUCUUCAAACUGUUCUUUGCUUACCCUCUCAUUCCCCUAAUCGCCCACUGCUCCAUCACUCACCUUACCCACUGCCCCAACACUCAACUUAACCACUGCCCCAUCACUCAACUUAACUAAUGCCCCAUCACUCCCACUGUACCCGUUCACCCUUCGAGAUUCGCCUCCCCAACCCCCCUUUCCACCCAAAAUGCCCCUGUAUGCCGCCUAACAAUUUAGCCCCACCUCCACAACUCUACGGUACACCGCUGCAGGACAGACAUCUAACGAAUGGACUCCUCUUUACAUCUAAAAAGGUCUGUCGUGUCCAUCCUCCCCUGCAUACCCCAUCUCUCCUUCUUCGGAAGCCCUGGCCCACAGACAUGGGCAUUGGAGCGAACACAGGCAUUGGUUUAAGGACAGAUAUCCAGUCGACUCUCCUUUUGCAGCCUGACAGACAGACAGACCAUUUUAUAAUGCUCUAUUACAGUACAUGACUGUCACUGAGGCAUGACGAAGAUCCUCAAUUUAUACGCCACUUCAAAGAGUCCACAGAGGAAGAUUCUUUGACAACUGAGAUGACUUACGCUCAUGAUAAUUACAAUAAUGGCCGUAAUAAUGACCCCAAAGGGAUAGAUAGCUGGUGGUCCCAGCCCAAUGAAUGUUUACAGCAAAGAUGCUAAUAAGCUAAUAAUUGUAUGCUCUUCCACCUCCAUUUGAUGGGUAGGAAAAGUCACAGAAGCCUGCCAUGUUUCCAACAGUUAUAUAAAUGUAUCUGCUUGAAUUGUCUGUUGCCUGUGUUCAUGUAUUUCUCUGUUUGCAUUAUGUCCCUUCAUAGCGAGUGGACUUGUGUGUGCAUAUGCUAAUUGCUUAUUCAUAAAGGUUACAUUUUACAUUACAAUGACUUUAUAUCAGAGUAAGUAAUAAGCGAUAAUCUUUGCUGGCUCCCUACAACACAUGAGUACAGUAGUACACACAGUUUUGUAGCAUGCACAAAAUGGUUAGAUUAGACAUAGUGGAUAAAUUCCACUAAACCUAAAGUUCUGUGAUAGAUUAAGUGUGAAAACUUAACAUGCUAAAUAACUAUGUGGUAAUACAGUAGGUUCAGAGUAACAUAUUACAUAUUCUUUGGACACUUUUAACUAAAGUAAAGAUACAAUUAGGAGUGACAUUGUACAUUGUUGUACAUACAAGUAACAUUGUACUUAUAGUUUUAAGUACCAUUGUACUUAUAGUUUUAAGUAGCAAUGUAGUACUUUUAAAUGAAAGAUAAAAAUAUAGUUUGAAUAUUGUAAGUUUAGUAAUUCAUUGGAAUUUCUCUUUAAGAUACUUUAAAGGAAAUACUGCAAUAUGCUAUCAGUAAUUUGAGAGUGUAAUAAAUUGUAAACUGUACUUUUUUUUCACAAUGUGAUAAAUUCAGAUUUUGUUGCUACUGGGUAAUGGUAGGUAGUGGGAAUAUCUGAUAUUAACCAACUACAUUUUCUGGAGUCAGUAUAUGUUUUAUCCUCGUAGUUCUUUUGGCAGAUUGUUUGUCACCAGCUUUUCAUUACAUGAGCUCCUGUGGAUAAUAAUAAAAACAGUUUUGGUAAAAUACCA